UUCUGGUUCUGUGUUUCUUUAGGGAGGACGCCCAGAGCAAGGGGCUUGGCUUCUGGGAAGGAAGCCAGCAGGAUAUCACUGUGGAUAAGACCAGAGGCAGGCUGGACUGUGGAGGAGGGCAGAGUGGACAGGAAACUUCUCUGCGAGUUCCUGCUUGAUUACUCUGAAGUUAAAGAUUUUUGGAAACAGUGCUUCACAAAUGAUGCUGAUGCUUCAUAUUGUAUCACAUCGGGAGAUGCAUAAUGUAAGGAGACACCAGAGACAAGAGGUGUCCGAGGUUCAGUUCAUUCAGUCGUGUCCGACUCUUUGCGACCCCAAGGUCUGCAGCAUGCAGUCCUGUCCAUCACCAACUCCCCGAGCCUGCUCAAACUCAUGUCCAUCGUUACACGUCCAGUAAACAGCACAUCCAAGUAAACAGCAAGUAAACGUUACACGUGCGAGAUUACACGUCCAGUAAACAGCAGCGUCGGGCUUUGAGGCCCUCAUGUAACUUCCAUCAGGGAAGGAAGACCCUGACUCUCAGAUGAGCUUUCCCAGGAGGCCAAGGAUCCUUAGAAAAGGCCUGUGCAGGCGUCUGGUGGGACAUGGCGAACUUGGGCUGCGAGGCCCUCCGGAGUCAGGAUGGGGAGAGUUUUCUCUACUUUGCCUAUGGCAGCAACCUGCUGACGGAGCGGAUCCACCUCCGAAACCCCUCCGCCGUGUUCUACAGCGUAGCCCGCUUGCAGGAUUUUAAACUUGACUUUGGCAAUCCCCAAGGCAAAACAAGUGAAACUUGGCAUGGAGGUAUAGCCACCAUUUUUGAAAGUCCUGGCGAUGAAGUAUGGGGAGUAGUAUGGAAAAUGAACAAAAGCAAUUUAAGUUCUCUGGAUAAGCAAGAAGGGGUUAAAAGUGGAAUGUAUGUCCCAAUAGAAGUUACUGUUUCAACUCAAGAAGGAAAAGCAAUAACCUGUCGAAGUUAUCAGAUGACAAAUUAUGAGAGUGUUCCCCCAUCACCCCAGUAUAAAAAGGUCAUUUGCAUGGGUGCAAAAGAGAAUGGUUUGCCACUGGAGUAUCAAAAGAAGUUAAAUUCAAUAGAACCAAAUGACUACAAAGGAAAGGUCUCAGAAGAAAUUGAAGACAUUAUCAAAAAGGGGGAAGCAAAGACUCAUUAGAACUUAAUGGAAUAUAUCUACAUAUAUUUUCUCUAUAUGCUAAUACCUUUUUAACAUUACGAACGGGGAUCUGGGAUGUAUCUCUGUAAUAUAUUUCAACAGUGUUCUGGAGGGUUAUUUCACUUGGGUGCUUCCUUGUUUUCAGACUGUAAAAAGACCGAGAUAGGAGUUAGACAGUUGAAAGGGGGGCUGUGAGAGGUGUUGGAAUGCAUGACAGUUAGGUGUGAGUACUCUGUGAACCCUUAAAGUUAUUUUAUUGAGUUUAUCUGGAGUGUAUUUUUGCUCUGUGACUGAAGAUAAAUUUGCAACUUAAUGAUGGUGCUGGUAAAUCACUCUGCUCUGGGAUUUUUUUAAAUCAGCUUAAUAAGAGCAAGCAAACUGAAGAGACAGUUGAGUAUAAAAUUUUAAAAUUAUUUUAAAACUAUUUAAAAUUUUUUUAAUUAUUUUAAAAUUUAAAAGAUGGCAUAAUGUUCUUAGAGGAAUAAAUGUAUUUGUGGUUUAACCUGUA